AAAUGAAGGAAGCAUUGGUGGAAGCAUACGAAGCUUUCAAGAAAGACGAGUGUGCGAGGCGUGAUGUUAGGAUCUUAGGGGAUCAAGGGGCUGAAUUUUUCAAAACAUUAGAGGAUCCCAAAGAAGAAAUGAGUAGUGAACAUAUAGACGCAUGCCUCAACGUACUCUGUAAGCGGAUGACAGGGCCGAAGUCGAAGCUGUACACUACCCGUGCAUGUAUAGUUGACACGAUAUUCUUUGACACCAUCCAUAUGCUACAUUCCUCAUUUCCAACUGAAAAUGCCCUGUUCACGAUGGAAAUUUCGGAUGAGUUGCGGGGGUACGUGGAGGGUGAGAGGCCGACAUAUGGCAAAAAAUGAGAAGAUGUCGAUUUCAUCCUCGCACCUUG